GUUGUUGUUUAGAAAGAAAAUGAUGUAGGUAGUAAAUAUAGUGUUUUUGUAAAUUUAGUAGAUUUAAUGAGUCUGUGAAUUUAUCAUUAAUUAAUAUUAAAAUUUACUUCAUUACCUCCUAAAGUGUGUUUUAAUUUGAGGCACUAAAUAAAAUUUCUUUCCUUCGAGCUUUUAUUGUAAUCUCCAUUGAGUUAAUUUCGGAAUACCAUUUACUAAAAAUGGCCAGAUUAAAGAGGUUCUGCUGUGAUGACGAAACGGGCGAAGUUAUAACCUAUCAAGUGAACGAUGAAACUGGAGAGCGGGCGUUGAUAAAUAAACUUCCAAAAAUAUACCUUGUUGACCGGUUGUCGAACAAUCGCCAAUUCCUAAAAUUUCCCAGUGGGUAUGUUAGUAAGACCAAAAAAUUUCAAGAUCUUAAAGAAAAAAUCAUUACAGGAGCAAACACCACCAGUCCAAGGAUGCUACUUCUAAUACCCACACUUAUGAUUUUCCCAAGUGUUAUCUGUGUAGUACUUAUGCUUUUGGAAAUAUUUUUGCACAUCAGGUGCCAUAAAAAGAACAAAAACUUGAAAGACAAAACUUUAUAUUACCGAAGUCCAUUCCAUGUAAUUACGAGUACAUUCUGUGGCUGGUGUCGUGAAUGUGAUAUGGCAUCCAAAAUUGGGCAAAUACAAGACAAAAGGCGAUACAAAUAUGAUUAUCUUAGAGGUGCACUUUGAUCUAUUAUACAAAUUUAAUGCAACUUAUGUAUAAUGAAUUUCCUACAACACUACAUUGAGGAAAAAUAAGUAUUUAUUGAUUCCCUAUGUUUUGUUUGGGUUUUUCCUCAUGCUGCAUUAUUUAUGAACACUAAGUGUGAUUUUUUUAUACUUUUUUUUAUACUACGACAAUAAACACAUCGCCACCUAGCCCCAAAGUAAGC